GCAUUUCUACAAAGUAUUGGAAGAAGAAUUAACGUGGAUAGCAUUAAAUCGUUCUCCUUAGAGAGAUUCCAUUUACUGGGAGUUUAAAAAGGUUUCAAUAGAUCAUCUUGACAUAAAAAUUAGAUUAGUGAAAGUAAUACUAAUUCCCCUAAAAUUUAAUUCAGAUCUCUCUCACCAAAAGUUUUAUACUAUUCUAAGUAAUAAAUCCUCUAAUAGGGACAGUAAAAACUCGAGACAAAUAUAUGCAACUGUAGUUUGAUCAGUCGUUUUUAGCCACCAUAUAUUACUAAACUAAGAUUUUCAAAGUCCCAUGAAUGUUAGAUGAUCAACCCGAAGAUAACAAUUAGGAAGAAAAAGUAGGUAGCACAACAUAGUUGUAUUUGCACUUAUCCCUUCUCAUAUUGAGCAAAUGAACUAACCAAUUAAAACCAAAAUUUUACAUUCUAGAAAGAAUAAAAGAAGCAAAUACUCCACUAUAUAUGCAUGCCUUUCCCAGAGCCUGACUUGCAUUACAAAGUAUAGCAUUUUUAGAUAUAAUUAACUCCUAGCUAGCUAGAAAUGGAAAUGAAAUACCUGACCCUAAUGCUAACAAUGAUGACAGCUAUGGCUAUAUUUGAAGGGGAAUUGAGUAUGGCCAAUCUGAUGGAGGUGAAAUGUAUACAAGUUUGCAUGAACGAAUGCAAGAUAACUGGUAUAGCAACUGCUGCCUGUCUUAAAUUCUGCCCACUUCACUGCGUUCCACCUACGCCUCCCUCUGAAGUCCGCUAUUGCAAUCUCCGAUGCAUUCUUGGACAUUGUGUUGACUACAAGAAUGAUGAAGAGAGACUGGAGGGCUGCGUCUCCAGCUGCCGGAAGAAUGAUCAUUGCUAAAUUUCUAGUUCUAUAAUGACACAGCUUACCCACACAAAAAAAUGCCUCAUAAUUCUAGUCCUCUAUUUCUGUUUAUUUUUCUUUUAAUUAGUGAGUUUCAGCUUUCAAUUCUGUCUAAAGAAUUUGGAUCAUAUGAUACAGACGUUAUAUAACUGCAGAUUUUAUUUGGUGGGA